GAAAGGCGUUUCGCAGUGCAUGUACAGGUUCGUUCAGAAAACAUUGAUUUGCCCGGAAAUUGGUCCGUAAGAAGUGCGUGCCAUACAUUUUUGAAAACAAUAUUACAAACGAAGUGAGGUUUUUUGUGAAAAGUGUUCGGGAAGUUUAUAUUUCCUAAGUUCAUAUUCGGUGUGGCAGUAUUGAGGAAAUGCCAACAUGGAUCCUUUCACGCAGAAUAUACUAGAACGAGCGGAGAAGCGGGCUGCAGCGCUUGGUAUUACGAACACUUCGAAGUUCCCACUGUCCGAGUUUAACUACGAAGCGGAUAAGCCAACGUCGGGUGCAUCGCCGAAAAAGAAACCGUCAGGAUCGAGAAAGCAUUCCGCACCGAAAGCACCGCCUGUUCAGGCUUCUGCAACCACCGUGUCGACCCGCACGGCGGCAGACGGUGACCGGACUACGACGGUGGACAUUGGUGGUCAGGAUAACUGUGAUCUAGCGCUUGAAAUUAAUAUCACCACUAGCGCUAACCUGCAGGUAGACUUAGGCGUGAAGGAACUGGAGACGGACGGUAGUGUAAAGAAACAGUGGGAGCACAAUAUUGUGCGUGCAAUUGAGGCGGGAAUGUCUGCUGCAGCGGCUGCAGGUGGCGGUGAUGGAGAAGACGUUGACGGUGAGAAGGAGAAUGCGUCGAAGAAGAAUAUUAUUCGCGAUCAGUCGCGAAAUCAGCUGCAACGACUCGGCACUCUGUACUCCGACACCCAGGAUCUUUCCUCGCCAGUGCACCGUACCGAGGGACGGUUCCAUGAGGAGCUGAGAGAGGGUGGCGGUCGCCAGCAGAAAACUAAGCUGGCCAAGCUGGCGAUGCUAGCCGACUCGAUCAACAACUGGGAGGAUGAUACAUCGCACCCGGAUAUCAAGCACCAUCGGGAGACCAUCGUGCCAGGUAGGGAGAAGAAAUCUCCCAAUCGGCAGCAAAGCCCUAGACGUGGUGGUGGUGGUACUAACCACGCUACCGUGACGGGUGCAACGCCAAAAAAGUACCCCGCACCAAAUCCACCAAAGUCGAUCCUCAGCCCUCAGAAGUCGGCGUCGGGAAUGGGUGGUGGUGAAGUAGGAGCGGCGGGAGCAGCAGGUAAACCGCAGCAAACGAAGUCCCUCAAAUGGGAUCAGAAGGUAAUGGAUACACUCGAGUCGCAGGGCUUCCAGAGGCGUGAGUCGACCGCACCGAAGUUGGUGUACGACUACAAGGACGAUGGGCAUGAAAAAAGACCCGAAAAUGGACGAGCUCCCGUUGCGAAGCCGGUUGAGGCGAAACCGGCGCUGAAAGCGGUGGAAGUUAAAAAACCACCAAUGGAGCAGAAAAAAACACUACCGUCGAAGCAAGGCGGUGGAAUCGUAUCGGGUCGGGCAGCAAUGUUUGAAAAAUCUUCCGGUCGGCGCCAGUCCAUACUGAAACCGGGGCAGAAAGAUCCGGCCGAAAUGUCGCUCAAGGAACGCCUGGCCAUUUUUGAAAAGAAUAAGGGAGCGGCACUUGUACCAAAGGCUGCCUUCGGUAUCAGUCCAUCGAUUCGGCAAAUCACCGGCCAAAAGGAAGGUCCGUCUUCGGCAUCGUCCUCGUCAGGUAUCCAAGGCUUCGGUGGUAUCACCACCGGGCAUCAGACGAAAGCGAAUGCUGCUGCACCCUCAUCGCCACAAAGUAAGCCGAAAGUCGACCAUGGCAAGCCUGCCACAAAGGCUGAAACAAUGGCCAGUGGUUCGGCCAUUCGUAAUACCGUCGCGGCGCUGAUGUCCAACACGAGCACCAUCUCAGAGUCGCAGAUUGCCGAGGACAAUCGGCGGCAGCGUCAGCAGGAAAUGGAACAACUGCUCAACCGUUUCUCAAAGCCCGUCGACAUGUCGUCCGACGUGUCCGGUAGCUGCGAUGGUCCAAGACCCAUCCCAUCCGCACCACCAAUGCCCCCGGAGGGUUACCUGACAUCGAGCGGUAAAAAGAAGAAACCCGUUGACGAUGGUGGACACACCGGUGCGGUAAAGCGACGCAGUGAUGGUUCAAAGGACAGCCCGGGAGUGAUGGCCGCAUUGGACGACGUUAAACGUAUCCGGGUGGGCACCGCUGCGAAGGACGGCCGCAUGUACCCGGCGCUGAGUGACAUCGAAACGACGGCCACCGAAUCGGGUGACGAAGGUACCCCGUGUGACGAUUACACUACGGCCACGGUGUCCGGCUCGGAAACAUCGGACGAUCGGGCCUACCGGACCGCAAGCUACGGUGAAAAGGCCGACCAUGAGCGCCUGGAAGACCAGAGUGGCGAAGAGGAAGAGGAAGAGGAGGACGAAUAUGAUGAAGAGGAGCAGUUUGAAGUCGACGAGGAUGACGACAGCUUCAUGUACUCGGACGACGAAGCAAAUAUCGCCAAUGUGAGUCUGGGUCGUGAAAUUAUGGAUGCCGUCAAGAUGAACGAUCGCCGCAAGAGCAACCGUGGACAUCGACAAAGCCAGGGAUGGAAGCAGGAAGCAAAAUUGUCGACUGGUGCGCCACCGAAACGAACGGUCGAGUUUGACUUGAGCGAUACUUCGGGUCAGCUGGAGGACAGCGAUCUGCUCGAUGCAUGCCUUGAAGAGGCGUUCGUCGAUGAAAGUAGCAGCGAGGAGUACAAUACACCCCGUAAAUCGUCCGUUUCGUCAAACAGCUUCUCGUACCAGAAACACCCUGGCCGCGGUGGCGAUCGCUGUGUGACGAUCAACGAGGAGGAUGAUGGAGCAAGAAUUGUUGGCGCCAGCAAACGUAAGUCGGGCACUCCGCGCCGUAGUACCAAUGGCGGGGGCACCGUGGACUACAGCAGUCCCGUGCGUUCGGAGCUACAGGUGAAACCGUCCGGUGACGACAACAUGGUCACACUGGUGCACACCGUUAGCUUCUAUCGGCGCCAGCAGCAGCAACAGCAGCAGCAGCAAAGUGCCCUAACACCGCGCAGAGUACCGCGGACGCCGGUACCACCCGUAGUCGAUUCCACCACGGCCGGCGACUCGGACGAGGAGGAUGAGGAGGAUGCCGUUUCAAGCACGGCCGAAUCGACCGGUACCAGUGCGUCCACCGAGGAAGCCCAGUUUCUGGUGCAGGACAAGAUCAAGAAGCUGCUGGACGAGGUGUGCAAACAGCAGGCGAUUAUUGCCCAGACCAGCCAGGCGCUGAACUUGUGCGCGGCCACCGUAGAGUUUUCCGGCUCGUCAGAAGCGGAAGAAUGCGAGCGGCAUCUGCUCGUUGCCACACACCGACGGCAGGCAAUUCUGGAUGAAGUGCAACGAUUGCGGGUGGAAGGCUGCCUCAGACCCCCGGGGGCCCCGACCGAGAAGGGCCGUCUGACGGUAAAAGAAAUCACGCUUCCACUGAAGCAGGAGUACAUGCGCAAACUUGGGGCCGAUCAGAUCGCCGGACACAACCUGGUCUGUCUGUUGAAGUACAAUGAAACCGUGCUGGCCACACAAACGACCCCGACGCUACCGGGCAUGCUGUCGGUGCGCUUUCCGGACGUUUUGCAGCUGAGUAACGUGUUUGCGGAUUUUAAGAUAACGAUGGAAAUCUACGGUAUGCCAGCAUCGCGCGAAGUUCUCCCGCAUGAAGUCAAGUAUCACCUUCCGAUUAGCAAGAAGAAGGGUGGCGGUGGAUCAAGCAAACUGCACACCCCGAAGGGCAUCAAGGCGAACUCGCGGCUUAUCAUGCCCCCGGUUCAGUCACCGGCUGGUCCACAUGCGGUCCGCUCGCCGUCGCUCAUUCAGUACGGAUUCAUCAUUUUCUCGCUGAAGGAAAUUCAGCGUACCAGCUGGAUGCUAAACCCGAUCGCUGGCUGUCCCAGUCCGCUUGACGGCACGGUUAAUAUGCGUGUCAACUGCGAACUGUCCGUCACGGUGGACUACCACGGGUUCCUGACGAUGUACGAGGACGUGUCGGGCCUGGGUGCCUGGCAUCGGCGCUGGUGUCGGUUGCAGCGCCACACGAUCAACUACUGGCGGUACCCGGACGAUGAGAAGCGGAAGGCACCGAUCGGUAGCAUCGAUCUGCAGGGUUGCAGCACACAGCGGGUCGGCGUGGCACCGCGCGACGUCUGCUCCCGGCUCAAUACGCUCAUGCUGGAAUUUCCACGCCCGGCACAGGACGGUGAUGUCGAGUCACUCAAGAUCGUCCGUCGGGGCAGGAUGACCAUCGAAAGGUAUCUGCUAUCCGCCGACUCGAAGGAGGAACGUGACGAAUGGUGCGCCCAUUUGAACAAAACGCUCGCCCUGCUGAAAGCCUGGGGCGCGGGCAACGUCGCCACCAGUUAAUCGUGGCCACGCAUAUUUUUGUUUUAUUCUUAAUUCUAUAGCCCGCACACUGGGAAGCCCCCCGAGGGUGCAUUCUGUUGUGGCGUACGAAU